AUGGCUCCAUCAUCAUCAUCAUCAUCGUCAAUAGUUACAGACAAGAAUGAUGCAGGUGGCGAAAACAUCGUGUACGACAUGAGUGCGUGCAUGCUCGCACUGCUCUUUGGCGUCGUAUUGGUCAAGAUGCUACGCGAUUAUACGCGGCGACGAAGCUACAUUGAGAUCCAGCAGGACGACCGCGGCAUGUACUCGAAUGUACUCAUGGGGACGUCAGAUUCGUGGGAUACCAUGUGCAUUGAUGAAGAGGUCACGACACUGGAUCACGCUGUACAUUAG